ACAAUAGAGAUCUAGAGCAUAGAAAUAAUUGUGGUUUUAUGUUAAUUUUGGUUUCGGUGUGUUUGAUUUUCGUAUCUGUGACGGCGCUGAACGACAUUUACCCAUUUUACCACGCGCAGUGGGUUUCGUUUUUCGAGUUGAGAUCGGUGGAGUAGUUUGCCGGCCCGAUCAUGGCUUCGCGAAGCGCUCUGCGAAUCUUCGUGGGCAAUUUGCCGUGGACGAUCGGCAAAAAGGAGUUACGCGAACACUUCUCACAGUUUGGCUACGUGGCAUCUUCUAACGUCAUCUUUGACAAGAAGACGGGCAUGUCGAAGGGCUUCGGCUUCAUUACAUUCGGGAAUCGUGACGGCUUCAUCAGCGCCACUAAGCAGCAACAACAUGUUCUUGAAAGUUUUACGCUAUCGGUCCAUCCUGCAACAAACUCAUAGGCACUGCAUCAGAGAAGCUUCCAUGUAGAUACAUAAACUGAAAUAAACACAUUGUCUCUCAUCGUUACACUUCAAA